UGACGCGGUUCCGGGGCCGCUGCAGCCGCCGCCGAGCCCAGCCGAGCCGCGCGCCCCUCCGGCUCUCACUCCGCUCCCGCUCCUCUCGCGCUCUGCUCCGCCUCCACCCUGGCGGCGCGACUAUGUCCCGGGCGCGGCCCCCGGCAGCCGCUCGCCGCUAGUCCCGCUCCCACCGCACAGCCCGGGCCCGGGGCGAUGGGGGCCACCGCCAGCCGGAGCGCCCACCUGGGGCCCGUGUCCGCCGGUCGCCCGUUGGGCUGCCUGUUCUUGCUGCAGCUGCUGCUGCUCGUCUGCGCCCCGGGGGCCGCGAGGGCCCAGGGCGCCGAGUUUCCUGAGCUGUGCAGCUACACCUGGGAAGCUGUCGAUACCAAAAAUCACAUGCUUUACACAAUCAGUGUCUGCGGAAGUGUGAGCAUGGCCCAGUGCGGGGCGUCCAGUGCUGUUUGCCUGCGAGACCUGAAGACAAACAGCUAUCGUUCCGUGGGUGACUCCCUUUUGAAAAGUGCAACCAGGACUCUCCUGGAAUUCAACACAACAGUGGACUGUGAUUCGAAGCCAAGCCCAAAGCACAGAAUCCAGAGUAGCAUCACCUUCCUAUGCGGGAAAACCUUGGGAACUCCCGAAUUCGUGACCGCAGCAGACUGCGUGCACUACUUUGAGUGGAGGACCACCGCAGCCUGCAAGAAAGACGUGUUUAAAGCUAAUAAAGAGGUGCCGUGCUAUGCCUUCGAUGGAGAGUUCAAGAAGCAUGACUUGAACCCACUGAUCAAGACCAGCGGGGCCUACUUGGUGGAUGACUCAGACCCGGAGUCUUCCCUGUUCAUCAACGUUUGCAGAGACAUAGACUCGCUACGGGACUCCAGUCCGCAACUGCGUGCCUGCCCUCUGGGCACUGCUGCCUGCCUGGUGCGUGGGGGCCAGGCCUUCGACGUCGGCCGGCCCAAGGAGGGCCUGAAGUUGGUGAGCAAGGACAGGCUUGUCCUGACUUACGUGAAAGAAGACGCGGGGAAGCCAGACUUCUGUGAGGGUCACAGUCCGGCAGUGACCGUGACAUUUGUCUGCCCAUCAGAGCGCCGAGAGGGCACCAUUCCCAAGCUCACGGCCAAAUCCAACUGCCGCUAUGAGGUGGAGUGGGUCACCGAGUACGCCUGCCACAGGGACUACUUGGAAAGCAGCAACUGCUCUCUGAGCAGUGAGCAGCAUGACAUUGCCAUCGACCUCCACCCACUUCGGCAGGACAGAGGUCAUUACUAUUCUGCAGACGGAAAGGAAUACACGUUCUAUCUGAACGUCUGUGGAGGAAUCGAAGCAAACCCCAAGGUCUGCAGUGGGAAGCAGGCUGCAGUCUGCCAGGCAAAAAAGCCUGAUUUUACUCAAGUCAAAGUGGCCGGAAAAUUCCAGAAUCAAACUCUCCGGUACUCUGACGGAGACCUCACCUUGACCUAUCUCGGAGGUGACGAGUGCAGCUCGGGCUUUCAGCGUAUGAGUGUCAUCAGCUUCGAGUGCAACGAGACUGCGGGUAACGGCGGGAGAGGGGCCCCGGUGUUCACUGGGGAGGUGGACUGCACCUACUUCUUCACCUGGGACACAAAGUACGCCUGCGUCAAAGAGAAGGAGGAGCUCCUGUGCCGCGUCGCCGACGGGAGGAAGCGGUACGACCUGUCGGCUUUGGCUCGGCACUCAGAAAAGGAACAGAAUUGGGAAGCCGUGGACGGCAGCCAGAAGGGAACGGAGAAGAAGCAUUUCUUCAUCAACAUCUGCCACAGACUGCUGCGGGAAGGCCGGGCGCGGGGCUGCCCUGAGGACGCGGCCGCGUGCUCCGUGGUUAAGAAUGAAGUUAAAAGUCUGGGCAAAUUUGUUUCCCCUCCCACAAAACAGAAAGGAAAUAUUCAGCUCACUUAUUCAGAUGGUGACGUUUGCGGUGAUAACAAGAGAAUACAAACUAACAUAACACUUGUAUGCAAGCCGGGAGACCUAGAAAGCGCCCCCGUGCUGAGAGCCACCUGGGAGGACGGCUGCUUCUACGAGUUUGAGUGGCACACGGCGGCCGCCUGCGUGCUGUCCCGGACCGAGGGCGACAACUGCACCGUCCUGGACGCCCAGGCAGGGUUUUCUUUUGAUCUGUCACCACUCAAAAAGAAGGACGGCUACAAGGUCGAGACCGAGAAGUACGACUUCUACAUAAACGUGUGUGCCGCGCUGUCUCUGGGCUCCUGUCCGACAGGCUCGGGGGCCUGCCAGGUGUCAAGGAGUGAUAAGAAGAUUUGGAGCUUGGGACAGAGCAAUGCUAAGCUCUCGUAUUACGACGGGAUGAUCCAGCUGAGCUACAGAGACGGCACGCCCUAUAAUGACGACAGGCACACACCGAGAGCAACGCUGAUCACCUUCCUUUGUGACCGAGACGCUGGCGUGGGUGUCCCCGAGUAUCAGGAGGAGGGCAACUCCGCCUACAACUUCCGGUGGUACACCAGCUACGCCUGCCCCGAGGAGCCCCUGGAGUGCGUGGUGACCGACCCGUCCUCGAUGGAGCAGUACGACCUCUCCAGGCUAGCGAAAUCCGAGGGCGGCCAGGAUGGAAACUGGUACGCCCUGGACAGCGCGGGCCCGCACAACACAUGGAGGAAGUACUACAUCAACGUGUGCCGGCCCCUGAGCCCCGUGCCGGGCUGCGACCGGUACGCUGCCGCCUGCCAGAUGAAGUAUGAAAACAAUCAGGGCUUGUUCUCCGAAGUGGUCUCCAUCAGUAACUUGGGAGAGGCCAAGGCGGGCCCCUCGGUGGAGGAGAGCGGCAGCCUCCUGCUGGAGUACGUGAACGGCUCCGCCUGCACCACCAGUGACGGCCUGCAGACCACCUACACCACCAGGAUCCACCUCAUCUGCUCCAGGGGCAGCCUGAACACCCACCCGAUAUUCUCUCUCGUGUGGGAGUGCGUGGCCACUUUCCUGUGGAACACGGAGGCCGCCUGUCCGAUCCUGAUCACAACAGACACGGAUGAGGCCUGCUCCAUCCGGGACCCCAACAGCGGGUACGUGUUUGACUUGAACCCGCUGAACAGCUCCGAGGGCUACAUGGUCUCCGGCAUCGGGAAGACUUUCAUGUUCAACGUGUGUGGCACGAUGCCCAUCUGUGGGACCCUGCAAGGAAAGCCAGCUUCCGGCUGCGAGGCGUCCACCCCGACAACCGACCUCAAGGACCUGAAGCCGGAGAGGCUGGUCGGCCUGGAGAAGACCCUGCAGCUGUCCACGGAGGGCUUCAUAACGCUGACCUACGAAGGGCUGCACUCGGAAGCCAAAGGGACCGGUGACGCUUUCAUCAUCCGCUUUGUCUGCAAUGACGACGCUUACCCGGGAACCGCCAGGUUCCUGCACCAGGACAUCGACUCUGCCCGGGGAAUCCGAAACUCUUUCUUUGAGUUUGAAACGGCGCUGGCCUGUGUGCCGUCUCCAGUGGAUUGCCAGGUCACAGACCUGGCCGGAAAUGAGUAUGACCUGAGCGGCCUAAGCAGAGUGAGGAAGCCAUGGGUUGCUGUGGACACAUCAGUGGAAGGGGAGAAAAAGAGGACUUUCUACCUGAGCGUGUGCACCCCACUCCCGUACAUCCCAGGGUGCCAUGGCAGCGCCGUGGGGUCCUGCCUGGUGACCGAAGACCACAGCUGGAACCUGGGCGUGGUGCAGAUCAGUCCCCAGGCCGCAGCCAACGGGUCCCUGAGCAUCGUCUACCUCAACGGAGACAAGUGCAAGAACCAGCGUUACUCCACCCGGAUCACGCUCGAGUGCACGCAGACGUCGGGGUCGCCGAUGUUUCAGCUGCUGGAUGAGUGUGAGUACGUGUUCAUCUGGAGGACGGUGGAAGCCUGCCCGGUCAUCAGAGCGGAAGGGGACAACUGCGAGGUGAGAGACCCGAGGCACGGCAACUUGUACGACCUGAAGCCGCUCUCCCUGAACGACACGGUCGUCAGCGCCUCGGGGUACAUCUACUACCUCCGCGUCUGCGGGGUGCUGUCCUCCAGCGCCUGCUCAGCCGAUGGGUCCAAGGCCAUCUCGUCGUGCCAGGAAAAGCGGGGGCCCCUGGGGUUCCAGAGAGUGGCAGGUCUCGUCACGCAGAAGCUGACGUACGAGAACGGACUGCUGAAAAUGAACUACACAGGGGGAGACGUUUGCCACAAGGUGUACCGGCGCUCGACCACCAUCUUCUUCUACUGCGACCGCAGCACCCAGAAGCCCAUGUUUCUCAAGGAGACGUCCGAUUGCUCCUACUUGUUCGAGUGGCGCACGCAGUACGCCUGCCCCCCUUUCGACCUGACCGAGUGCUCGCUCAAGGACGCGGCCGGCAACAGCUUCGACCUCUCGUCCUUGUCACGGUACAGUGACAACUGGGAAGCAGUCACCAGCACGGGGGCCACCGAGCACUACCUCAUCAACGUCUGCAAGUCUCUGUCUCCGCAGCCGGGCUCGGAGCCGUGCCCCCCGGAAGCGGCCGCGUGCUUGCAGAACGGCUCCAAGCCCGUGAACCUGGGCAGGGUGAGGGACGGCCCUCAGUGGAUGGACGGCGUCAUCGUGCUCCAGUACGUCGAUGGCAGCUCGUGUCCCGACCGGAUCAGGAAAAAGUCGACCACCAUCCGCUUCACCUGCAGCGAGAGCCACGUCAACUCCCGGCCCAUGCUCAUCAGCGUGGUGGAAGACUGCGAGUACACCUUUGCCUGGCCCACCGUAGCCGCUUGUCCUGUGCGGAGCAACGUGCACGGUGACUGCCAGGUCACCAACCCUGCCACAGGACACCUGUUUGACCUGAACUCUCUAAGUGGCAGCACCGGACACACAGCCGCGUACAGCGAGAAGGGGCUCGUGUACAUCAGCAUCUGUGGGGAUAAUGAGAACUGUUCCCCCGGCGUGGCGGCUUGCUUCGGGCAGACCAGGAUCAGUGUGGGCAAGGCGAGCAAGAGGCUCACCUACGUGGACCAGGUCUUGAGGCUGGUGUACGAUGAGGGGUCGCUGUGUCCUUCCAAAUCCGGCCUGAGGUACAAGAGCGUCAUCAGCUUCGUGUGCAGGCCCGAGGCCGGGCCCACCAACAAGCCCGUGCUCAUCUCGCUGGACAAGCAGACGUGCACGCUCUUCUUCUCCUGGCACACGCCACUGGCCUGCGAGCAGGAGACCGAGUGUUCCGUGAGGAACGGCAGCUCCAUCAUCGACCUGUCUCCCCUCAUCCACCGCACGGGGGGGUACGAGGCGUAUGACGAGAGUGAGGAAGAUGCUUCCGACACCAACCCCGACUUCUACAUCAACAUCUGCCAGCCGCUGAACCCCAUGCACGGGGUGGCGUGCCCCGCCGGGGCCGCCGUGUGCAAGGUGCCCGUGGAUGGGGACCCCAUCGAUAUCGGCCGAGUCUCCGGGCCUCCUAUCCUCAAUCCCGUAGCGAACGAAGUUUACUUGAAUUUUGAAAGCAGUACCCCUUGCGAAGCGGACAAGCAUUUCAACUACACCUCGCUGAUCGCCUUCCACUGCAGGAGGGGCGUGAGCAUGGGGACCCCCGAGCUGCUCAGGACCAGCGAGUGCGACUUCGUGUUUGAGUGGGAGACCCCGCUCGUCUGCCCGGACGAGGUGAAGACCGACGGCUGCUCCCUGAUGGACGAGCAGCUGCACUACAGCUUCAACCUGUCCAGUCUCUCCAGAAACACCUUCAAGGUGACUCGAGACUCGCGCACCUACAGCGUGGGGGUGUGCACGGCGGCUGCGGGCGUGGACGAAGGGGGCUGCAAGGACGGCGGCGUCUGCCUGCUGUCUGGGAGCAAGGGGGUGUCUUUCGGACGGCUGGCGUCGAUGAGACUGGAUUACAGGCACCAGGACGAAGCCGUCAUUUUAAGUUACGCCAACGGAGACAGUUGUCCUCCAGAAACCGAGGAGGGUGACCCCUGCGUGUUCCCCUUCACGUUCAACGGGAAGAGCUAUGACGAGUGUGUGCUGGAGAACAGGGUGAGGCUGUGGUGUGCGACGACCGCGGACUACGACCGGGACCACGAGUGGGGCUUCUGCCGACAGUCGAGCAGCCACCGGAUGUCUGCCAUCAUCUUUAAGUGUGACGAGGAUGCUGACAUUGGCCGGCCCCAGGUGUUCAGCGAAACUCGGGGGUGCGAGGUGACGUUCGAGUGGAAAACGAAAGUCGUCUGCCCUCCGAAGAAGAUGGAGUGCAAGUUCAUCCAGAAGCACAAAACCUACGACCUGCGGCUGCUGUCCUCUCUCACCGGGUCCUGGUUCUUCUUCCACCAGGGGGCCUCGUACUACAUCAACUUGUGCCAGAGGGUGCACAAGGGACCCCUGGACUGCUCCGAGAGAGCCAGCAUCUGCAAAAAGAGCGCAUCGGGGGAGGUGCAGGUGCUGGGGCUAGUGCACACGCAGCAGCUGGAUGUCGAAGAUGACAAGAUCAUUGUGACGUACUCUAAAGGUGACCCAUGUGGUAAAAACCACACUGCGUCCAGUGUCAUAGAGCUGACCUGCGCCCAGACGGUGGGCAAGCCUGCCUUCAAGAGGUUUGACAGGGACACCUGCACUUACUACUUCAGCUGGGACACGCGGGCCGCCUGCGCCGUGAAGCCGCAGGAGGUGCAGAUGGUGAACGGGACCGUCACCAACCCCGUCAAUGGCAGGAGUGUCGACCUCGGAGACAUCUAUUUCAAGUUAUUCACUGCCUCUGGGGACAUUAGGACAAAUGGGGACAAGUAUCUCUACGAAAUCCAGCUUUCUUCCAUCACAAACUCCCAAAACUCAGCUUGCUCCGGGGCCAACAUUUGCCAGAUUAAACCCAAUGACCAGCACUUCAGUAGGAAAGUUGGGACUUCUGAUAAAGCCAAGUACUACAUUCAAGAUGGUGACCUGGAUGUGGUGUUCACCUCGUCCUCCAAGUGUGGAAAAGACAAGACCAAAACGGUCUCUUCCACCAUCUUCUUCCACUGCGACCCGUUGGUGGAGGACGGGAUCCCGGAGUUCAGCCACGAGACUGCCGACUGCCAGUACCUCUUUUCCUGGUACACCUCUGCUGUGUGUCCUCUGGGGGCGAGCUUCGACAGCGAGGACCCUGGCGAGGACACGCAGACGCACAAGGGGCUCUCGGAGCGGAGCCAGGCCGUCGGGGCGGUGCUCAGCCUGCUGCUGGUGGCCCUCACGGGCUGUCUGCUGACCCUGCUGCUCUACAAGAAGGAGAGACGGGAGGUGGUGAUGAGUAAGCUCACCAACUGCUGUAGACGGAGUGCAAACGUGUCCUACAAAUACUCAAAGGUCAACAAGGAGGAGGAGGUGGACGAGAACGAAACUGAGUGGCUGAUGGAAGAGGUCCAGGUGGCCAUCCCCAGGCCCGGGAAGGAGGGGCAGGAGAACGGCCAUAUCACCACCAAGUCCGUGAAGGCCGAGGCCCUCACCUCCCUGCAUGGGGAUGACCAGGACAGUGAGGAUGAGGUCCUGACCAUCCCGGAGGUGCGCGUUCACUCGGGUAGGGUGGCUGGGGCGGAGAGCGCCCACCCUGCGAGAGCCCCCCAGAGGAAGGUGCUGCGGGGCGACCGGGUGGGGCUGGUGGGUGGCGAGCAGGCAAGGAGGGUGCUGCCCCCCGGGAACGCCGGCACCCUGGCCUCCUUCCAUGACGACAGCGAUGAGGACCUCCUGAACAUCUGAACUCCCGGUGCCUCCCGGGGCCUGUGGGCCGGUGGCCCAUCCAGGCCCCUCCAACCAAAUACGACUUCGCCUUGAUGAUGCUUCUGUCAUUUUUGCCUUUAACAAAAACUGUUUCGAAAGGGAAAGUAUUUCUGUGAGGGGGAGAGGACGAGGAGGUCCAGCACCGCUCAUCUGUGGGUGGCCACGUCGUGGAACGAGGCGUCACCCCCGUUGCCAAAGGGCGGUGCUGGGCCCGGGUUUUUCCCUGAGUCCUCAUGUGAGGGCCUGGCUGCCGUGCCAGGUGCCUCUGGGGACAGAGGGCUCUCUGCUGGAGAAACCCCUUGCUGCUUUAGGCCCUAUAGGAUAUUUGGCCAUUAUAUUUUAGCAUUUACUCCUCUCCUCCUAUUUAUUGACUUUGACAAUUACUCAGGUUUGUGAAAAAGAAAAAAAAAAGCAACAGAACACAACCCCCCAGCAGUUACCUCUGCUGGCCGGGGCCGCUCCGGUCCCACGCCAUUGGGGGCGCUGCCAGUGUGGGUGGUUCCAUACUCGACUCUGAACUGGCCCACGAUGUAGCCUCUCAUUUAGAAGACUCCAUUGCGCCUCUCUUCCUCUUGGCUUUCUGUUUCCUGCGGGCACACGCACGUGCACACACACACACAUGCCUGUACGGGGGUCCCCGAGUGCCUGGGCUUCCGAGGGUCUGCCCGCUCCCCGCCUCCUGCGACGGCUGCAGCUUUCUGCAUGACAUCUAGAGCCCAGCGCUGUCUGCACUCGGUGUUUGUCGCCGGCCACCGUGCUCCGCCCGCCCAGAGACCCACUGUGGUGGGAGAGGGGGGCUGAGAUGCCAGGCCGGUGACUUUUACAGAUCUCACCUCUUCAGGUUCUCACGACACCACCGUGACUGUGCGUAUUUUUUUAAGAAAAAAAGUGUUUAUCAACCAUCUGACCUAUAUGAAGCCUUAAUUUGCACAGUGCGUGACUUAGGAAAUUGCAUGAACGCUGAUGGGCGGGAACCUCGCCCCCCCGGGUGGCCCUUGGGCCCCAGCUGCGGGGCGGCCGAGGUCGGGGCAACACUGCGGUGUCUCCCCACCCCCGUUGGCUCCUUUCUUGAAGUGUUUAAUGGAUGACUUUUCUCAUAUUCUAGAAUUGUACAUAGACUCAGUGGUGGUCACAUACUGAAGCGCAGGCCACCCUACAGAAUGCGUUGGUUUGUACUCAGUUUGGCUGGCUUAUUUGAUUUCAACAUGAGUAUUUUUUAAAAUCGAUUUCUUUCCUUUUUUUUUUCAAUCAAAUUUACUGUAAUAUAAAGUACUCAACAAUUUCAAUAAAAAAUAAAUUAUUA